CUCUACGGAAAAAUCCGUAGAGAUCAGUGGCGCAGUGCAGUGCAUACCACCACCCGUGCACUGUGCAUGAUGCAUGUUCAGAUCUAUCAAACAAAAGUGUGAGGAAUCCGUCGAAAGUUUACACAAAUUCGGGACUUGUUUAUCUGACCAGUUGUUCCAGACAUUAGUAUAAAGAAAUAUUGCAGCUAUGAGAAUCUUCGAGUUACAAGCUAUUCAUCCAUCAAAACAAAAUUGACCACCAAAAACCUGGUCCCUACGCUCCGUUUUGCACCCACAAAAAUUUACGGGUUUUUACGUAUGCGCCACAUGGAUCAUGGAUUUAGUCAGGUGUAUGUGGACAAUUUGAUGGUCACAGAUCAGCAGCAGCUUCUCUGUAACCUAAAAUCAAUGAAGAAUGUGAUCAUUGGCAGUAACAAACAAAAGACAAACUUUAUGCUAUGUGGAGCUAUCGACAGAAUACAUUACAUAAUGACAAGCGAAGGAGUUCCCCCUGAGAUCCUGGUGGAGACCGCUGUAUUACUUGGUAGCUUUGCCAAAGGAACAGUGGACAACAAGAGAGAACUGAUGGACAAACGCAUCCUAGCAGUCAUGCUUCAAGGUCUUGGCAGUGAUGACAUCAAGUUUGUGGAGGCUUGCCUACGAUUUCUUAGGACUAUUUUGACUAGCUCAGUCGCCCCAGUUGAUGAUGUAGUAUUUGAGGAUGCUGCAGUAAUACCACAUCUCAUACACCUCCUACCAAAGACACUGUGUACACAGGAAUGUGUGGCUCACAUACUGUCGCAAUGUUGUAAGGCACCCAAACAGCAGGAUAUACUGUACCAACAUGGAGCAGUUGAAGCUCUCGCUCCCUUGCUGUGCUCAGAAAUCAACAAGAUUCGACUCCCAGCUCUUCAGUGUCUAUCUGCUCUCAGUUACCAGAACCGUUUUGUCUCCUUUGAAAUAUCAACCGCUAAGUACAACAGAGAAGAUAUGUCUACAUUACUGAGCAGACUCUUAGCGAGGGAUCUUCCUGUCAACAUCCAACUUACAGCAGCAAAAUGCUUGUGUUACCUGUGUAGAGCAGGUGCAAUAAGUUCCAGGUGCCCUCUGAUUGUACAACGGGUGCUCCCUAGCCUUGCCAGGAUGUGUAAGAAGGACAGAAUGGUGGAGGAAAGAGUAGAAGCAGCAGAGACAUUGGCCUUCCUCAUUGAGGAGGAUGUUUCCCUCCAGGUUUCUGCAAGCAUCACAGACCAUCUCAUCCCUACCCUUGCUCUCUUUCUCAAGUAUUCACCAAGCAACUCUGCAAACAAAGAACAGAGUGUUUACAUACAGGCUGAAUUGAGGCAAGCUGCUUUCAAAGUAUUUGCAUCAUUAGGAGCAAAUGUAGAGGAGAUCAGAAAAAAGAUCAUUGAGACAGAUAAUUUGAUGGACACCAUGGAAAAGUGCAUUGAAGAAGAGAAUCUUAAGGUUCAGUUAGCAUCAGCAAGAUGUUUACACAGUCUCUCAAGAUCAGUCCAACAAUUAAGAACAAGUUUCCAAGAUCACAUAGUAUGGAAGCCACUUGUAGAGCUGUUACAGCAUGAGAGUGCAGAUGAACUGAUGAUAGUGGCUUCUUCAACACUGUGUAAUCUACUCCUGGAAUUCUCACCCAGCAAAGAUAAAAUUGUUCAAGCAGGGGCAAUUGACAUUCUGUGCAAUCUGACCACCAACUCUAAUGCCCCUCUACGUCUUAAUGGCAUCUGGGGACUGAUGAACAUGGCAUUCCAAGCAGAUGAGAGUAUUAAGACAAAUAUUUUGGAAAAGAUGGGCACGGAUCAGCUGUUUCGACUGCUUAUUGACACUAAUGUUGACAUCCUGAUGAAGACUCUAGGGCUGCUAAGAAACCUCUUGUCAACCAGACUGCACAUAGAUAACAUCAUGCUGACACACAGCUCACAGAUCAUGACAGCUGUCAUCAUGAUCUUAGAAGGCAACCAUCCGCCCCAGGUCAAGGAGCAGACACUAUGCAUACUUGCUAAUAUAGCAGAUGGGACAUCAGCCAAAGAGGUAAUCAUGUCCAAUGAAGAUAUCCUCAAGAAACUCACAUGCUACAUGAGACAUGACAAUGUGAGGCUUCAGAUAGCAUCAGUGUACUGCAUCAACAAUCUAGUAUGGAAUCAAGAGGAUGGAGCUACAGAGAGGCAGUCCAAACUCAAGGAAUAUGGGGUACAGAAACAGCUACAGUCCUUGCUCAGUGCCAGCGAUACUGUUCUAUUUGACAAGGUCAAGAUGGCAUUGCAGCAGUUUUCAUCAUGAUGGAUUCACUUACUGUAUUCCAACCCUAAUGAGAUGAGAGUCCAACUAUCUUGGGUAUCAUUGCUGAAACGAUAGAUGAAGGACACAUGACUGUUACAGUUUGUUAGGAUCAUGUUCUGAGUAUGGUUGGCACUUUAAUACUCUGUACUAAACUUGAAUUGGAAGAUUAUCUAGGGUAUUUAGAGCCAAUAAUGAACAUCUCUCCUCAAAGCUGUGUAAAAACUACCUGAAGAAAACGAGAAAGGAGUCAUGAAAAACAGUCCCGUGAUCUGAAUCUGCUAGAGCUGCUAUGGGAAGAGCUAGAUUUGAGAAAAUGCCAACAAAUGAAUCCCAUCUGACGGAGAUUCUUCAAAAGGCAUGGAAAGACAUAUCCAGUAAUUACCUCCAGAAGCUGACCAGUCAGAUGACAAGAGUGUGCCCUACUGUGAUAGCUGUCAGGGGUGGGAUUCUUUGAGGAGAAGUCUCUAUAAUCUGAAAAAUAAAGGAAUGAGCAUCUCUUGACAUACUAAUAUUCAUUUAAUCAUUCUUUUCCUUGUAAUAGUAACACAAAAGCAAAGAAUAAACAAUGAAAUAUAAUCUCCCAUGAAAAAAGAAAAGAGAAGGCAUUGUGAUUUUUCCAAAAUGUUGAUGUGCUUCUUAGAUGAAAAUACUAGUUUUCUGCAUGAGUAAACAAAUGCUUAUUGGCUAUUAGUCUAUACAUUUUGAAUAUUAUUCAGAACAAGCAAUGGUCAGAUUUUGUAGAAUGUCAAAAGAGUAAAAGUAUGGCACAACUGACCAAACCAGAGACCUCUUCAUUCUACUGGAAAUUUUACUUUUGGUGACUCUGGAAAUAAAUACACAACUGUGAGAAAUGAAAUGAGAGAAUGAUGGUAUGUAGCUCUUUCAAGGUUCCCCAUCGCUUUCUUCGCCUUUUCAAGAUUUGCAAAGGUUCUCCGCUGGAAAUCGAACCCGGUCCCUAGCUUAGAACACCAAUGCCUUACCACUAGAACACAAACUGAGUUUUGAACAGUGAUAGCCACGUGCAUCAGUUGGAUCCUAGCUUUGAGCAUAUAUAUGUAUAUAUUUUUUCAGCUCUCCUGAGCCAAAUAUCUUUCACAUAUUUUCUCAAAAAGUCAUUGCCAGAUUUAACCAAACUUGGUAAAAAUAAUCUUUAGGCAGAGGGGGGGGGGGGGGGGGGGUGUUUAAAAGUUGUUUAAAAGGUAUGUACCCCCUCACUGACAGAAAUUGCACAUUUUCUUAAUCUUGGAAACCUGUGGCUGGAUUCUAACCAAAAAUGUUUGGAAUCACCUGCAGGAAAAGGAGAUCUAAAGUUGUUCAAAUAAGGUAUAUGCCCCAAAUGGAGCUUGUGGCAGCAUCCCCAAAGUGCCCCUAUGGCAAUAAUUAGACAUUUAACAACUUUUCCUUAAAAAUUCAUGUAGUUAUUUUGAAUUAACUUUAUAGGAAGCAUUCCUCAAGCAGGGGUUUUAUGAAAUUUUUAUAAAGAGCUACUAACCCUGCAAGGGGAAGGGGCUCGGGAGAAGCACUCCCCCCCCCCCCCCCCCCAAAAAAAAAAAAAAUCCCUCUGCUCUACAUUUUUGACUUCUCAAAAAUGCAUGGCCAGAUUUUAACCAAAAUUUGUAGGAAUUGUCUGCAGCAUAGAUCAGAUGGGGUAUAUCCUCUCAAUAUCCACCAUCCAAACAGCAAUGCAAGCAUGGCAAAUUGAUAAAAAAAAUGUGCAUGCACGUAUCUUGAAAAAUGCGGAUGUUUUUUGUUUUUUUAAUUGUUCCUUUUGAAUCAAGGAUAUCUCUUCAAAAUGGCUGGUUACCUUCAUUAUUUAUUAAUUAGUGUAGAUAUGAUUUUGAUUCCAAAAUGUUGGUAUGGAUUCUGGCAAAACAUUGUAGGAAUCAUUUUUUUGUGAAGAUGACCUAAAUUUGUUAGAAUGGGAUACCUCCCCCUGCAGGGGACGUGGGAUCAGCACCCCUUAUAUUGCCCUACUGUUCCAAUAAAUCCUUUGUUCCUGGUGCAAAGGGGUUGGGAGCUAUAUGUAGGUCCCUUACUGUGAGGCCCCUAUUUCAUCUGCUCAGAAGAGCAUUGGAUUCGUGAAACUCUAGUGUAUAUACAUCUAUAUGAAUUCUCUCAUUUUUAUUUCUCACUAUUGUGUAUUUAGGUCCAAGUUGAAAUACAGGGGUCUAGCGAUAUGUAGUUGAGUGGUCUAAUGACAGGGAAAUUAUCUGAAAGGAUCAUCAACGGUAGGCGUAAUGUCUAUGACGUUUCAUAAUUAUUUGUACUAUAUUUCACUUUGGAUAAUUAUUAGAUAUCGUAUAUUCAAUGUCACUUCUUCAUGCAUUUUAAUAUUCAUGGAUAGAGAUAGUCUCAAAUGACUCAAGAGUAAAUGAGAGAGACCUUUGUAUUCACAACCACGUCAAUUGUGUUGCUAUAGGCAUCCAUUAAUUCAACAAAUGAGGAGAUAUUAAUUCUUUGAUUCACACUGAUGUGUUACUCUGAUUAAAGGGUGUCGAAAGGGAAACACCAUCCAAUAAUUGAGCAUAUAUGAACUGAGGUUAAUUAUACAAACAGCAUUAAAAACUCUUA